AUGACUUGGCCGGACCUUAUCAAUUCUACAUGCCGAGAAAACUACACCUACUUUGACUCUUCGGAUUACCUGCGCAAUGCAUAUCAUGUCACAGCAAUAUUCACAGUCCCUCUAUCAAUUCUAACAUUUUAUAUAAUAUUAAAAAAGACUCCGAGUAGAAUGGAACCCAUGAAAAUGCCACUUUUAAUAUCUCAUGCUUCGAGCACAAACCUUGAUUUAAUGUUCACCGUAUACUCGGCUCCAUAUAUAUUUUUCCCGACCGCUUCUGGAACAACACUUGGAGUUCUAGGAAGGCUGGGUGUCGGAGUCAAAUGGCAGGCCUAUUGGGGUCAGGUUUCUGUUCUGAUGCUUGGUGUGAGCUUUAUCAUGUUGUAUGAAAACCGGCAGAGUCAAAUUUCAACGGUGAAGUUUAAGAUAAAAAGGAAAGAAACUCGAAUAUUAUAUUAUGCUGCAAACUAUUUAUUUUCAUUUACUGUGAUGGUUUCAUUCUAUAUACAUAACUCGGAUCAGGUGGAGUUGAGGAAGUUUGCGUUUAAGAAAAUCCCUUGUCCCACUAUUGAAUUUUUCGAUUCCAAAACAUAUGUCCUAUUGAAAAGUGGAGAAGUUAUCCCGCUCAUAUCAACUAUUAGCGGAUUUGUGUGUAUUGGUGUUCAGACGUUUUUCUUUCUAUUCCAUACUAUAUACCAUCUAACGUGUGUCGGAAGCGCAACGGUUUCAGAGUCAGCAAAAAAGCUGCAGAGGAUGUUUUUGAAGAUUGUUUCGGUUCAGAUUUCAAUUCCCUUGAUAGCAAUUGUCCUCCCAGUUUUAUACUCGAUGUAUGCGGAUAACACGAGCUAUUAUAAUCAAGCAGCUAACAACAACGCGAUGAUAGUUAUGGCUAAUCAUGGAUUGCUGAGCACCUGCUGCACACUUCUUAUCUAUAAACCUUAUAGGGAUUUCAUUAUGAGCAAAUUCAUUUUUUGA